AACAAAGUCGAAGGGAAGCAGUUGUCGAGUUGAAAUUAGUCGGCAAGAAUGGCAGAUUAUAGCGAGAUGAUGGAAGGUCUUCGCAGAGCAUUCAAGAGUGGUGUGACAAAAUCAUAUGAAUGGCGUAAAAAACAACUGGAGGGAGUUCUCUCAUUCCUGGAUGAAAACAGAGAGAGAAUUUCUCAGGCCCUGAAAGAAGAUUUACACAAGCCCUCUUUGGAGUCAACAGUGUUUGAAAUUGAUUUCUGUAGAAAUGACUUGAUUGAAACAAUGAAUAACUUAAAGGACUGGAUGAAGCCAGAAAAGGCAAAGAAACCGUUAUUGAACAUCAUGGACACUGCCUACAUACAGAGGGAGCCGUACGGAGUUGCCUUGGUUAUCGGGGCCUGGAACUACCCCAUUCAGAUCACCGUUCUCCCUGUCUUGGGAGCUCUAGCAGCGGGGAACUGUGUUGUUCUGAAGCCCUCAGAGAUGGCAGCCUCCACAGCCAAACUUUUGGAGGAGCUGCUGCCCAGAUACCUAGAUAAUGACUGUGUUAAAAUUGUGAAUGGUGGAGUCCCAGAGACCACAGCUCUGUUGAAGGAGAAGUUUGACUACAUCUUCUACACAGGAAAUACAAUGGUGGGAAAAAUUGUCAUGAAGGCUGCUGCAGAGCACCUGACACCAGUGACACUAGAGCUGGGAGGAAAAAGCCCUGUUUAUGUAGAUGAGAACAGUGAUCUCAGUCUAGUGGCAAGGAGGGUGUCCUGGGGAAAACUGGCCAACUGUGGACAGACAUGUAUUGCCCCAGAUUACGUCAUGUGCAAAAAAGAAAUACAGGACAAACUGGUGGAGGAAUGCAAGAAGGCUGUAGAAGAGUUCUAUCCAGAUAUAGGCAAAUGUGAAGAUUACGGAAGAAUCAUAAAUGAAAGACAUCUCAGGCGUAUUAAGAAGCUGAUUGAUGGAUCUGGGAAGGUGGCGCUGGGAGGAGAAGUAGAUGAGGAACAGAAAUAUAUUGCCCCCACCAUCCUCACCGACGUCAAAGAAACAGAUCCUGUCAUGCAGGAAGAGGUGUUUGGUCCAGUUCUCCCCAUCAUGUCUGUUAAAAAUGAUGAAGAAGCCAUUAAUUACAUCAACAAAGGGGAAAAGCCUCUAGCUAUGUACGUUUUCUCAAAGGACCACACUGUAGCUGAAAGAUUCUUACAAAACACAAGCAGUGGAGGUUUUGUCUUCAAUGACACCAUGAUGCAUGCUGGAUUGAUGUCCCUGCCAUUUGGAGGAGUUGGUUCCAGUGGUAUAGGUUCCUAUCAUGGAUUCCAUACCUUUGAUACCUUCAGUCAUAAAAGAGCAGUUUUGGAAAGGAAACAUGGUGGAGAAGCAAUGCAGUUAAUUCGUUACCCACCCUACACUGAGAAGAAACAGAGCACUAUUGCCUGGUUAACCAAGAAAUCACCCAAGUCAGGUGGUCUUCUGUCCUGGCUGGGAUUCUAAAAGUCAAAUCUGUUCUGGUCAGAAUGAUAAACCGUGACUUAUGGACUUCACAAUAAACUUCCAUUUCUGCGUUAAAAGUUCUUUAAGUUUCCUCUUUACACGACAAGUUUACAUAUGCACAUGAACUUCCUCAUACUAGUAUACAUAUUUAUGUGAAAGUAUUUUUUGUGUGAAAAUACUUUAUAGAUUGUUGUGAUAAUUUUAACAUAUAUUACAAGUAUUAACUAUUAAGUAACAUUCAUUUUUGUGUAUUUGGAGAAAAAUAUAUGUAUGCUGCUAUGCACAUAUUUUGAAACAGUACUAUAUUCUUGUGUAUUA